CUCACUUGGUUACGCUACCGCUAUUUUUAAUGUGUUCAAGCUUUAUGCACGUUGCAGCAGUUCUAUGGGGUAACUAAUCCCGCUCGAAAACGUGCUUGCACACAAUUUACUUCACAAGAUACCAAAACAAGACUGAAUCUUUCCUUUGAAUCUAAGCACACAUAACGCGUAUACAGACCUGCAUUUCCGAUAUAGCUGUGAUAAGUUUAGCCGGUAGCUGUUGUGCGACUAGCCACCUGACCUGUGGUGUAACUAGGCAUGUGCUUAUUAUAAGUCUCUAGUAUAGGGAGUUCACGUUUUCGUUAGGACUGCAGUGGCGAACUCCAAUCCUGCCACAUGGAGGGGCGAACUACGAUUAGGCUGGGCGCCCAGCCUGUGGUCACACUAGCCAUUAUUGUAUCGGUAACCAUAUGGUCUGUCUCGGCAUCUUUUAACUCUCUAGCUGGCGAGGAGCGGCUUAUAGGAUGGCAAGGGGACACCUUCAAGCCCACAAAGCCGAAGACGCCCUUCAUAUCCGUCAUAUCCUGGCGCCCACGCGCCUUCGUGAUCCGCAACUUCCUGUCGGAGCAGGAGUGCACCCACAUAGCGGACAUGGCGCAGGUCCACAUGCGUCGCUCCACAGUGGUGGCCCAGAACGGCUCCUCCGUGCUGGAUGACUACCGCACCUCCUUCGGAACCUUCCUCAACAGGCACAGCACCCCGGUGAUUGCUGCGGUGGAGGAGCGGGUGGCGCAGCUGACCCACGUGCCGGUGGUGUACCAGGAGGACAUGCAGGUGCUGCGCUACGGUCUGGGGCAGUACUACCACCGCCACACCGACUCGCUGGAGGACGACUCGCCGCGCCUGGCCACCGCGCUGCUCUACCUGUCGGACCCCGAGGUGGGCGGCGAGACGGCCUUCCCGCGCUCCCGCAGCUGGGUGCACCCGGACAUGCCCCGACUGUUCGGGCCCUUCUCGGACUGCGUGCAGGGCAACGUCGCGUUCAAGCCCCGCCGCGGCGACGCGCUGCUGUUCUGGUCGGUGCUGCCGGACGGGCGGCACGAGGACCCGCUCAGCGAGCACGAGGGCUGCCCCGUGGUACGCGGCGUCAAGUGGACAGCCACGGUGUGGGUUCACACGCAGCCGUUCAGGCCGGAGGAGUGGGACCCGGUGCGUGGCACCUUCACACGGAGGGACGCGGAGGAAGACCCGGGCCUCUGCACGGACCGCCACCCCGAGUGUGCCCGCUGGCGCGAGGCGGGCGAGUGCGACCGCAACGCCGCCUACAUGCGCGGCGACGCCAGCCAGGUGGGGUCCUGCCGCAAGACGUGCGGCGAGUGCGAGGUGUGUGACCCACGGGACAGGGCCUGCUACGAGCGCAACCGCGAGCGGCAGGGCUACCUGGUGUACCGGCCGGAGGAGCUGCUGGAGGGGCGGAGGCGGCGGGAGGCGAGGGAGCGGGGGCUGGCGGUGCAGCUGGGGGGAGGGGAGGCGGGGACGCAGGUGUGAGAGGUGGAUGAGGCGGGGGGGGGAGGGAGGUAGUGAGGAAGAAGCUAACGAAUUGAGGUGGUUGAUGGUGGUGGUGGCAGCAGGGUGUUGACCAGGGUGUCAACGAAGCAGGUUGGGCAUUUGUUUGAGCAUAGAGGGUGUGAGGUUCUGCAUGAGCGUGUGGUGGGGAACUUCUGUGCGCCAGGGUGACCCGUGGGUCAUGACUUGGCCUUUGCGUUGUACUGAAGAGGGCUCUUAAAAUCGAGCCCUGACCCCUGACCUGAUAAUGGUAU